AUGGCGGAGUCAUCAGCGAGGGCACGGUUUUUUGUUCAUGAGAAGGGGAUGAAUGGCCUCGAUAAGCUCUACCUUAGAGGGCCUCUAUCGAGUUCUGCUGAGUUAAAAGCAGAUAAGCAUUGCAUUAUUUUGAACCUAUUUUUAACAUUUGAUAAGGUUCCAUCAGGCGAAGUAUUAACCUUUGGUGAUGAUAACUUUAUGAUGUUGGAAGAAGAAGGCAUUAGAGAAGCACAGAAUGUUGCAUUUGUUCUUGUCGCAGGUGGGCUUGGCGAGCGGCUUGGGUACAAGGGGAUUAAGCUCAUCACCCAAACAUCAAUGCUGCAGUCACUUUUCUAA